GGGAGCUGGAGACGCUGCGGGAGGAGAGCAGGGAUCGCUGAGAGAGAGCCUCCUCCAUCAGCGCUGAUGACAGUCCCUCCUGCAACGCCCCAGCCCUCUCUGCUAGCCGGGCAGCAAAAGUUCAGGAAGGCAGGAGCAAGGGAAGGAGAAAGAGAAGACGUCUCCAGGAUGCUCAAAGCUCCCGAGGUCUAAAGAGAGCAGGAUGGCCCCCCUGCUGCCCCAGAUGGCUGGUCCUGGGUACGAGGUCUUCGCCUGGAGGAGGAAAGUGUAGCCCAGCCUGGACCCUGGAAGGAGAAAGCAACAGAAGGGUCCUGAAGAUUGUGGGCACUCCUCCAUCAUGUCGCAGAACAUAUCUGGCUUCCAGGCUGCCUACAUCACCAUAGAGGUGCUGAUUGCCCUGGUGUCCAUACCUGGGAAUAUCCUGGUGAUCUGGGCGGUCAAAGUCAACCAGGCCUUACGAGAUGCCACCUUCUACUUUAUUGUUUCUCUGGCAGUUGCAGAUGUUGCAGUGGGAGCCCUUGUCAUCCCUCUUGCCAUCAUCAUCAACAUUGGACCACGGAUACAUUUCUACAGCUGCCUGAUGGUGGCCUGUCCUGUUCUCAUCCUCACUGAGAGCUCCAUCCUGGCACUGUUGGCCAUUGCUGUAGAUCGCUACCUCAGAGUGAAGAUUCCUAUGCGCUACAAGAGUGUGGUGACACCCAGACGUGCCGGGGCAGCUAUUGCUUGCUGCUGGUUGGUUUCCUUCCUCGUAGGGCUGACCCCUAUGUUUGGCUGGAACAAUCUGAGCAAGAUGAGGAAGGCUCAGAACUACAGUCAGUCGGAAUUCACCGUCAGUUGCCAGUUUGAGAAUGUCAUCAGCAUGGAGUACAUGGUCUACUUCAACUUCUUCGUUUGGGUGUUGCCUCCAUUACUGCUUAUGCUUGUCAUCUAUCUGGAGGUCUUCAAUAUUAUCCGCAAUCAGCUUAACAAAAAGGUUGCCUCCAGCUCAACAGACCCAGAAAAGUAUUAUGGGAAGGAGCUGCAUAUCGCCAAGUCUCUUGCCUUGGUUCUCUUCUUGUUUGCUGUGAGCUGGCUGCCUCUGCACACUCGUAACUGCGUCAGCUUCUUCUGCCCCUCGUGCAAGACCCCUAGCAUCCUCACCUACAUUGCUAUAUUUCUGACGCAUGGGAACUCAGCCAUGAACCCCAUUGUUUAUGCAUUUAGGAUUAAAAAAUUCAGGACCACAUUCCUACAAAUCUGGAACCAGUAUUUUUACUGCAAAGUAGACAAGAACAUGAACAACAUUGAUAACACUGACAUUGCCAUCUAGGAGUUAACCAGGGUCGGGCUGGCCUGCAGCCUUCAUGCCAUAUACGAAGGUUUAUAAACAUCCCUUGCAUUGUCCAAAUGGCCUAGUUGGCUUCAUCUCCAUUGUAUGCAAUACCUGCUCCUGGGCAGAGCAGGCAAAGCCCAGAGCCAGUCAAGAGCAUUAUUUAUUACUAUGAGUAAUAUUCAUCUUACCAUUUCAUAUUCUAGGAGCUCUCACUCCUUUUUUAAAAAGGUGACCGUUAUAUGUAUGCCUUCAAAGGGGAUUAUACCAACCGGAAGCUGUGACAAAUCUUUCAUUCCAAUA